AUGCGAAUUUUGAUCGAGAUCAAUGAGAAUAUCCGCUGUGGCCCGGAGACCCACGUGAUUCCUCAAUUUAUCUCCAGAUGGGCUCAAAUGCGCAACACAAAGCGAAUGGCCGAUUCGGGCUUGAGUACCGCGAUGUAUGACGCGCUCGUUGCCGAAUUUGUCCUCAAGGUCAUCGUGGAACACGAUCGGGCCGCUCCGCAAAUGUGCAACAAAGAUCCGUUCGUUCUCCGACAAAUGAAUCUUCUGUCAUUGCCGAAUAUGUUUCCAAACUCAAAAUACGUUUUGAUGAUCCGGGACCCGCGUGCGAUUGCGAACAGCCUGAGAACUAGGAACAUCACAAUUUCAGGCGUCGACAACGACAGCUUGGAGUCGAUCUUUUCCAACUGGAAUAGAAACAUGAGAUUCAUGCUUUCUCAAUGCCAACGAAACGAAUGGAGAGAAAAUGGAGCGCACAGGGGCAAGGGAAACUGCAUCAUGGUUCUGUACGAGGACUUGGUUCUGUCGACGGAAACUGUGAUGAGGAAAACGAUGAAGUUUAUUGGCGAGGAUUUCCACCCGAUGAUGCUGGAUCAUACCUCUGGAAUGGACCAGAUUAAAGUCGCGCCCAACGAGCCGUCAACAGAUCAGAUCUCACAGCCAAUUUACAAAAGCGCCCUGAACAAGUGGCGAAACAACCUUUCCGAUCACUCGCCGGAUCCGAAGAUUCGCCAGGGACUCGACUAUCUCCAGGAAAUGCAAACGUGGCGGAUGAGGGCACUGAACUCGAUCCGAAACUUGACCAAGAGCACCCUCUCCAACGGUGUCACCGUGGUCACCAACCCAUCAUCUUCGCCACUCGCUGUCGUCGGUGCCGUCUCUGGCUGUGGCUCUCGCAACGAGACCGCCUCUUCCCAGACCACUCUCAACCGAUCGGUCACGCUCAACAACCUCGAGGCUGGCAACACCAACGUUUCCUCUUACCUCGAGCGGGAGCGAUCCGGCGUCUUCGGCACCACCGUCCCUGGUAACGCCGCUGCAUUCGCUGAGCAGCUCGUUUCUGCCAUUGGCGCUGACGCUGUCACUGAUGCUGAUCGAGCUCAUGCUCUCUCUGCUCUCAACGCCGUUGCUGCUAACAAAGAGGUUGUCUGCGAGGACUACGCUCACAUGUCUGGCUUCAUGCUCUCUGGUCUCUCCGCCUCUCCCUACGGAACCACCUCUGGUAUCAACGAGACCUCCGCCGAGGAGGUCCUCUCCUUCCGACGAGAAGCCCUUGCCGGCUCCAACCUCACCAUCGUCGGCACCGGAGACGUCAACCACGACGAACUCUGCGCUAUCGCUGGCCAAAUCGCCACCAAUGCUGGCCGAGUUGCUCCCAACGAGCCCUGCCAAUUCCACGGAAACCAGCUCAAGGACCGUAACGAUUUCGAAGAAGACUGCUGGUUCCGACUUGGUUUCUACGUCCCCGGCUCUGACCGACCUCGAGAGACUGCUGUCUUCCAGGUCCUUGCCCAGGUCGCUGGCGAGUACAACAACGCCAUCCAGCAUGCUCAGCACUCUUCCAACCCACUUAUGAAGUUCUACUCUGCUGAGCGACCUAUCCGACGAGUCGAAGAGGGCGGCCACACCCGACACUUGAACUCCGAAGACAUCGUUUCCUUCAAGGGUAAGCUUACCACCCACUCUGACUGCGGUCUCUUCGGCAUGUACGCUCAUGUGCCAAAGGCCUACGCUGGUGCUCACGGUUACAUCGAAAUCGCCACCCGAGGAAUGGGUGUUCUCUACCAGAUGCAGCGAGAAAUGAAACGAAUGUGGAAGGGACUCAAAGAACACGAGAUCGAGGCUGCUAAGAACAAGGCCAUUCUCAAGCUCUACCAGAAGUACUCCAACCCAACCACUGAGGCUGAUCUUGUUGCUCAGGGACAAUCUUUGAAGACUAUCACUUCCAACAUUGCCCGUGUCAGCAAGACCGACAUCGAGUCUGCUGUCGACAAGUACAUGUACGACGCUGAUUUCGUCCAGGCCGCGUACGGUGCCUGCGACGGCUUCGACGUUGGAGCCAACCGAAUGCGAUCCCGAAACUUCCUCAAGUCUGGUCUCGGCCUUGAAGUCGGCAACAAGCAGCACUACUAA